CCACUCUUGCGAGCCUCAAAUCUGCUCCCGGAUUUCGUCAAGCUUUCCCACUCUCGCAAGAAAACCGACAAGAAUUUCUCGAGAAAAUCAGCCAAGAUGGUUCUCGCCGUUGAUCUUCUGAACCCUUCCGCGGCCAGCGAGGCCAAGAAGCACAAGCUCAAGACCCUCGUCCCCGCCCCUCGAUCCUUCUUCAUGGACGUCAAGUGCCCCGGCUGCUUCACCAUCACCACCGUCUUCUCUCACGCCCAGACCGUCGUCAUCUGCCAGGGAUGCACCACCGUCCUCUGCCAGCCCACCGGUGGUAAGGCUCGGUUGACCGAGGGCUGCUCUUUCCGACGGAAGUAA